AUGAACUUCGAAGCAGCUUUGAAUAAGUCUUUUGAUGAUGAUGAUGAUGAAUUGACAUCUGACACAGAUCAAGGUGGUAUUGUUAUACUUAAACAAACUUGUGAACAUGUUCAAUAUAUACAAUUAUUUGAUGGAUUAAUUGAUAUAAAAAAUGCUGAAUGUAUUGAUUGUGAUAGUAAAACGGAAAAUUGGUUAUGUGUAUCAUGUGGUGAAAUGCAUUGUAGUCGUUAUAUAAAUAAUCAUGGUGAAGGACAUUGGAUAUUUACAUUACUUACAGAUGAAAAAUAUAACAUAGGUCAUUGUUUAACAAUAAGUCUUGCUGAUUUAUCAGUUUGGUGUUAUUCAUGUAAAUCUUAUAUAAAAAAUAUUCGUCUUAAUCCUUUAAUAAACCAUAUUGAAUCAAUAAAAUUUGGUUUAUUAUCAGAUAAUAAAAAUGAAUAUUCUUCUCCUCAAGAAAAUAUACUAAAUAAUUUAGUUACAAAUAAACCUAAUCAAAAUCCAUCGACAAUAAUUGCUAUACAAGAUAAUUUCUUAUUAAAUGAUCUACAAAAUACUGAUCUUUUAUCAUAUUGUUAUACAAUAAAAGUUCGGUCAGCAUCUAUUGAUGAACUUGUAUGUUUACAUUCAAGUAAUUAUGUUAAUAUGAUUGUAUCAGCAGAAAAAACUCAUGUAGAUAUAUCAUCUAAUCAAUUUUCUAUACAAUAUAAUGAAAAAACAUUUUCGGAUGCACGUUGUAGUGCUGGAAUAACUAUUGAUGUUAUACAAAAUGUUCUUAAUGAUCAUAUAAAUGGUUUUAUACUAUCAACAUCACCUGGUCAUCGUGCAUCGAAUGAUCAUGGAAAUGAUACAUCGAUAUAUAAUAAUAUAGCUUUAGCUAUAAAUUCAAUUCUUAUUGAUAAAAUUGAAUCAAAUACACGAAAAAGUUCAUUAGCAUUAAUUGAUUCAAAUAAUCAUAUACAUAUGGAAGGUGCAACACCUAUUGAAGAUGCUAUUUGUCAUAUGAUACAUGUAUUAACUCCAUCAGCAACAACAACACCAGCAAUAAUUAAUCAAAGAAAUUCUCAAAUAUCAAUAAAUACUGAUAAAAAUAAUAAUAAAAGUCAAAUUGAACGUGUACUUAUACUUGAUAUGACAUGUGAACAUGGUUGUGGAUUACAAUCAAUAUAUUAUAAAUCAAAUCAAGUUUUUUAUAUAUCAAUACAUAAAGAAAAUCAUCAACAUCGUUCAAGUUAUCAUGAUUGUGGUAAAAAUCAAGGGCUUGGAUAUACAAUGAAUAUUCCAUUAGCAUCCAUAGAUAAAAUUAAUGAUAAAGAUUAUAUAACUAUAAUCAAUGAACUUAUUCUACCAGUUAUAGAUGAAUUUAAACCUGAAUUAAUUAUUGUUUGUGUCGAUUUUCAAAUACAACAAUUAACAACAUCAUGUUAUGCAUGGAUUAUUGAAAAAUUAAAUACAAUUAAUAAUAGUAAACUUGUUGUUGCACUUGAUGGAGAUUUAUCUAAUAUAUCUUCAAAAUCAUCUUAUGUUCAAACUGUCCUUUCUAUACUUAUUGGUAAAUUAUCUGUAAUCAAUAAUGAUGAAUGGAAAACUAACCAUACAAAUAUAAAUACUGAUAAAAAAUCUCGAAAUAAUCAUGAAUACGAAAUUCCACUUGAUUUAUCUGUUAAAUCUCAACAAGAACAACAACAACAACCACAUCCUGUAUUUAACCCAAUGAAUGCAUCAACAACAACACCUUUUUAUGAUCCAUCAAAUCUUCUAUUUAAUUCAUCAGCAUUACUCUAUGAUUUAUUUUUAACAAAUUUAAAUUCCUAUUAUCAACAACAACAGCAGCAGCAACAACAGCAACAUCAUCAACAACAACAACGUUUAAAAAUUGAACUAUCAACAUCUAAAUCAACUAAACAAGUAACAAUAAAUUCUUCUCGUUUAAUGAAAGAUAAUUCAAUAAGUAAACAAGAAUCGUAUGCUUGUUCAUGUGGUGAAAAAUAUUCCAAUGUAGCUCAUCUUGUUAGUCAUUUAAAAAUAACAAAUCAUACUGCACAAUUAUCAUCUACACAUGAUGAAGUGGCUAAACUUGUCCGUGGUCAAGAUAUUUGGUUGUCACGCGAUACAAAUCCAGCAAAUCAAAUUUUAAAAUGUCUUCGUUGUUCAUUAUCAUUUGAAACUUUACCGGAUUUAACAGCACAUAUGAUGAAAACAAAUCAUUUUACUCAACUUUUACCUUCAUCAACUACAACAUCAACACCAACGACAGUGAUAACACCAUCACAUCAUCAUUCCACCUCAAAACAACAACAACAACAAAUAUCUCCUACAAAAUUAUUACCGUCUCCUUCUUUAAUACGUUCAACAUGUCUAAUUUGUUCUCAACAAUUUGUACGUGAAGUCGAUCUUGUUGAUCAUAUUCAACAUUAUCAUCAAAUACGUUAUAAUUGUACAACAUGUGGAAUGUAUUUUGAAAAUGAAAGUCUUUAUAAAGAACAUAUUUUAAAAGAAAUGCAUCAUAGAAAUGGAAAAGCUAAUCGAAAUCGUGAUUAUUUUCUUAAUCAAUGUAAAACAUUACAAAAACGAUCUUUAAUAUUAAAAUCUGAACAACCAAAAUCUCGUUUAGUAGUUGAUAAAGAAGUUGAAUUAGUUAUAGCCGAUUUACUUGAUCGUAUUGUUAAAAUUGAGGAAGAAUCAAAACAAACGACAACAACUGGGAAUGCACUCUCACUUUUACAAAAUUUUGUUAUUAAACAAACUCCAUCAACAAUUCGACAAUCAGAUUUAAAUAAUAAUUAUGAUGAUGAAAAUAGCAAUAUAUCUUCAACGUCAACUGUUUAUCAUCAUGAACAAAUUUCAACUAAUUUAUCUUUAAAAUCUCAUGAAAGUCCAUUGGUAUCAUUAGAAAAAAUGCUUUCUUAUCCAACAACAACAAUUCAAUCUUUAUCAUCAACUAUAAAUGAUAAUGGAACAAUGUCAAAUCUAUCGAAUAAUUCAAUAAUGACAACAAAGAAAAAAAAAUUUGAUAAAUAUCGAUUAUUUGCAGAAAAAAUGCUUCGAUCUACUUUGUCAUAA